UUGUUUCCUUCUUAUGGAGUCCUCAAAUUGACGCAGGCGAGCAAAUCUCAAAAUCAAUGGAAGCACAGUCUGGGACAAGAAAAGAAGCUUCAGAUAUAAAAGUGCAUUUCUCUUCCCCUUCUUCCCAUGCUUCUGAACCUCAGACGAGCAGCCUCCUUCAACAUCACACUUCCGAUUCUAUCUUCUUUCAGAUCCCUCUCAACCCUACACGCAUGCCCUUUACUUCCUCGCACAAGCCUAAUUUCAAACCCAGGCCAAAACCCUACAAAACCCCUAUCCACACCAGAACUCAAAACCCUAGUUCUUGCCCAAUGCGCCCACGGCAUUUUCUCUCACCUCAUCCAAAAUGUCGUUGCUUCUCCCCAUGUCCUCCUCACUGCUUGCCAAAACCUCGCAACCCCUUGCGCCAAUGGCACCAGCUCACCCAAUUCCUCCCUUCUUGAGUCGAUCUCGAGCCGGUUCUCGCUCGAAGAAGUGGCUCUUCAAAUCGGGGAAGACCGAUUUGAUUACGAGUCUUGUUGUUUCAAAAUCGCGCCUUCAACGAAGAAUGGUGAGUCGUUGGUUUUACCCAGUUUGAAGCUGAAGGUUGUGAUUGAAGCUAUUAGGAUGGUCUUGGAAGUCAUUUACGAUGAUCGGUUCAUGACAUUCGCUUACGGCGGACGGGUUAACAUGGGGCGGCAUACGGCAAUUAGGUACCUCAAGAACUCUGUACAAAACCCGAAUUGGUGGUUUAAUGUUUCAUUCUGUCGCCAACUGUUUGAUCACAGACAUGUUGAUAAAUUGUGUAUGAUUAUGGAGGAGAAGAUAAAAGACAGGGUAUUCAUUGAUAUUAUAAGGAGAUUGUUUGAGUGUGAAGCAGUGAGAAUUGAAUUGGGUGGUUGUUAUUUAGGGAGGGGUUUUCCCCAAGAAAGUAGCUUAGGCUCAAUUUUGAUAAAUAUUUACUUCAAUGGAUUUGAUAAAGAAAUGCAAGAUAUUCGGCUUCAAGCUGACCGUGAGAAUCCCAAGUUUGAUUCAAAUGGGAUUUCAUCACAAUCGAAUGUUUUCUAUAAGCCUAUGAAGAUCCAUGCAGUGAGGUUUUUGGAUGAGAUACUAGUGACCACAUCUGGAUCAAAGAUGUUGACUUUAGAUUUGAAGAAUUGGGUUGUGAAAUUCUUAGAAGGGAAUUUGGAAUUGAAGGUAGAUAGAUUGAAGACUGCCAUACACAGUGCCGUGUCUGAGAAGAUUGAUUUUCUAGGGAUGGAACUUCGAGCAGUUCCACCUUCAGUUUUGCACCCACCUAUGUCUGAAAAAGCAAUCAGGGCACGGAAGAAAUACUUAAGACAGAAGGAAGUUAAGGCUUUAGAACUGAAAAAUGCUAGGGAAAGGAAUAGGAAGAAACUGGGCUUGAAGAUAUUGGGUCAUGUUUUUAAGAAGUUGAAGCAGAGCAACGGGUUUAAAUUUGAAAUCCAGAUUGAAAAUGAGGUAAGACAGAUCUUUAGGACUUGGGCGGAUGAGGUAGUGCAGGAAUUUUUGGGCUCUUUGGACGAGCGUUGGAAUUGGCAUCACAGUCUUUCAGCUGGUGAUUUUCUCUCUUUGAGAAAAAUUAGAGACCAAUUGCCCCAAGACCUUGUGGAUGCUUAUGAUAAUUUUCAAGAGCAAGUCGACAAGCAUUUGAAGCCAGUUAAUGCUAGAAAGGCCUUGGAGGAAAAAGAGAGGCAAGCCAAAGAAGAAUAUGAGCGAAAAUAUGCUGAGAGAACGGUUGAGGAUUUGACUAGGCUGUGUAUGAAAGUUGAUGCACCAAUAGAACUUGUUAGGAAGGCAGUUAAACUUGUCGGGUUUACAAAUCAUAUGGGUCGCCCUAGGCCAAUCAGUUUUCUUGUUGUUCUUGAAGAUGCUGACAUCAUCAAGUUUUAUGCUGGUAUCGGAAUAAGAUGGCUUGAUUUCUUCUGCUGUUGUCACAACUUCAAAAUGGUGAAAACUGUUGUAACAUACCACUUAAGGUUCUCUUGUAUCUUGACUUUAUCAGAAAAGCAUGAAUCCACCAAAAGGGAGGCCAUCAGACAUUACACAAAGGAUUUGAAGGUAUUGGAUCUGAGUGGGAUUGAAGAAGUUCACUUCCCCACAGAAAGGGAUGUUAAGAUGAUGGGAGAUAAAAAUUUAUCAGAUCCAAAGCCUGUGGAUGGCGCUUUGUCAUUGUCUUUGGUCAGGUUGGCUUCUGAUGAGCCUUUAUAUCCUUGUGCCGCUCACUUCUGUGACAGUAGGGAGACUGUUGUAUACCGGAUCCGAUUACUGCAAAAUCGUUUGAAUGUGAAUCCACUGGAUGAAAAUAAAUGGGUUUUGGGGAUGGGGGCAAUUCAUGAAAGUUUCAAUCGUAAGUGUAUCCCUCUUUGUUCUGAUCAUAUAAGUGAUUUAUACCUGGGCAGAAUUACUUUUCAGGAUAUUGACUGUACUUCAUUUGUGAAUGUGGACUGAAUGAUGCUUGUUUUUGCCCUGUUUCACUUUGUGGUUGGUGCUGGUUUUGAUGACUGUUAAUGAUGAACCAAGUUCACGAUGAUGUUGCGCUUUGUUUCUGAAGUUAGUUCAAGUGAAUGCUGGGUUUGACAUUUCCAUCCAAAACUAUAUAUUAAGGUGGGGUUUAUCUUCAAUCAGGGGGCAAAAUCAUCAGCAUUCUCUAGCUUCUAAAGUGUCGAUUUUAAUUUUAGAAUUUUUGAAAACUUUAAUUUAAUUUAUCCCAACCAAUCAGAUGUCCUCCUAUUUAGGCUAUUUCAAAUAAUAAUAUGAAUGCCAAUUAUUUCUGUUUUUUAAAUUUUUGUAACAUCGUUUUUAAAUAUUAGAAAACAUAUUUUCAUUUGGUAAGAAUUUUUUUUUUUUGAAGGAACAAAAAUAUAAAAAUUAUAUAUUAAGUUUUUUUUAAAAAAAAAUAACAUUAAUAGAUUUUUACAAAUUAAUUAUUUUUGUUAUAAAUGCACCCCUUAUUUUAUUAUAAACGGACCAAUCUCAUAUUUUUAGGUUAUAUAUGUUAGUAUGUAUACACACACCACUCUGUGUGCACAUACAACAUAUUUUAUCUGUCAAAUUUUGAAAAUAAAAAUUAGUGAAAAUAAUGCAUGGAUAGUGAAAAAAAAAAAUUAGUACAGGAUAUGUCCCAAAUAAAAAAUGUACUGAUCAAAUGUAGUUGAAGGUUGAAGUCCACACCAUGAUGGUAAAUCUAGCAGGGGAAAAUCUGAUAGAAAGGCUAGAUUGAAGGGCCUGAAUGUCAUGGCACGAAGCCACAUCCGUUAACGGUAUCUGCUCUCCUGCUUAGACGUCUUCUUCUCUGCAACCCGAAAGGAUAAUCGGGAGAAGCCCACUUCGCAGUCAGGAUUCCUUGUCUUGUUGAUGGGUUCAUGCGUUUUGCCUUCUCUUCAUUUCCCUACAGUGCCUCUCCUUCAUCUUCCGCCAUCGUGCCUACUCUUCUAUUCGCUACCCAUAACCUGAAACCCCAUUUUCACCGCUUCACGCAUUCAAUCUCUUCUUUUUUGCUUCUACAUUCAUGCGAAGACAUUCGAACGCUUAAAAAAGUCCAUUCUUCUCUCAUUGUCUCAUCCGGGCGUUACCCUCAAUCCAUUGCGUCAAAGCUCGUAACUCUGUAUGCUCGGUUUGAUGAUCUAGAGAGUGCUAUUUCGGUAUUUAAGGACUUGCGCGAACCCGAUACCAACGCCUGGAACGCAAUCAUAAAAUCCCAUGUCGACUUGGGGCUGUUUGAUUCGGCGAUGUUUCUUUAUCGAGAGAUGCGAGAGUUGGGCGUUGAGCAUGACUCUUUCACGUUUCCGGUAAUAAACAAGGCUGUUUCUUCGCUUCAGAGUUGUGCAGGGAAUGGAGAAAUGGUUCACUGUGUUGCAGUGCGAAUGGGUUUUGGGUCAGAUAUAUAUUUUUGCAACACAAUGAUCGAGGUUUAUGUGAAAUCUGGCCUUUUGAGUUAUGCUCGUAAAGUAUUCGAUGAAAUGUCUGCGAGGGAUUUAGUUUCUUGGACUUCAAUCAUUUCAGGAUAUGUAUGUGAAGGGAGUGUUUCUAGUGCUUUUGUAUUGUUCAAUGAAAUGCGAAGGGAGUAUGAACCCAAUCAUGUGACCUUGAUCAUCAUGCUACAGGGCUGUUCUGCUUCUAGAAUUGUGCUUGAAGGGAGGGAACUUCAUGGUUAUGUGAUAAAGAAAGGGAUGCUCUUUAAUGGAUCUGUGCAAAAUUCUAUCUUACAAAUGUAUUCUAAAACCGGUAGUGUUAAAGAGAUGGAAAUAUUCUUUGGGGAAAUGGGCAGGAAGGAUGUUAUUUCCUGGAAUAUUUUGAUUUCUUUUUAUUCAUUGAGAGGAAAUGCUGUAAAAGUAGCCAAGAGAUUCAACCAUAUGUGUGGUCAUUUAGCACCCAGUGCUGAGACAUUAACUCUAGUUAUUUCAGCAUUUUCAGAUUCCGCAAAUCUCCUUGAAGGCCAAAAGCUGCAUUGUUUUGCCAUUAAAACUGGGAUUUAUGACGGUAUUUUGCAGACUUCUUUGUUGGAUUGUUAUGCCAAGUGUGGACAAUUGGAGUUGUCAGCCAAAAUAUUUGGGGAAAUUUCUUGUAGAAACAGCAUUGCUUGGAGUGCAAUGAUGUCAGGUUUUACUCAGAAUGGGUAUUUUACUGAGGCGAUUGCAUUCUUCCAGCAAAUGCAAACUGUGGGAUUUGAACCGGGGAUCGAAAUCUUAAGAAGCCUUAUUGAUGCGUGUGCCAGCCUAGGUGCCCUGCAACUGGGUAAAGAAAUCCAUGGCUGCAUCACAAGGAAGUUGUAUUGCAUUGUGGAUAACAGUGCACCAGUGGAAACCUCAAUCUUGAACUUGUACAUAAGAUGUGGAUGUAUGACUUCUGCUAGAUUUUUUUUCGAUAGAAUGAUUAUCAAGGAUGUGGUAACAUGGACAUCCAUGAUUGAGGGUUGUGCCACACAUGGCCUGGGUUUUGAAGCCUUGGAACUUUUUGAAAGAAUGUUGGAUGAAGGAGUCCUACCAAAUAGAGUUACCUUCUUAAGUUUGUUAUCUGCUUGUAGCCACUCUGGCCUUGUGAGUCAUGGCAGUGAAAUCUUCUAUUCCAUGAUAUGGAAAUUUGGCAUCGAACCUGAUCUGGAUCACUACACUUGCAUCGUGGACCUUUUGGGUCGAUCUGGGAAUCUCAUAGAGGCCUUAGCCAUAAUUGUGAAAAUGGUAGCACUUCCUGAUAGUAGGAUUUGGGGUGCUCUCCUAGCAUCCUCUAGAGUUUCUGGCAACAACAAAGUUGGUCAGUAUGCUGCACAAAAACUAUUCGAAUUGGAACCCGAUAACACUGGAUACCGUGUUAUUUUGAGUAAUAUGCAGGCUACUGUUGACAGGUGGGGUGAAGUUGAACAAUUACGAAAGACUGUAAAUGAGAAGGACUUGAAGAAGAAACCAGGGUGGAGCUGCAUUGAAGCAAAAGGAGGGAUGCAUGGUUUUGUUUCCGGAGAUACAUCACACCCUCAAGUGGCAGAAAUUUAUGCUGUAUUGGGAUACCUAAGCAAGAAAAUACAUGAAUUUGGGUGUGUGGCAUGAUUUGAUCAGUUGGAGGAAUUUGAGUGCUCCUGCAAAAUUAUAACCGUUCCAAUUUUU